GGUGUGUUUUGGGAACUACAAAUCCCAUCAGCCUUAGUGCUAUAAAAGGAAGUGGUAUGAUUCGUUCUUUCACUUCCUCCUUUGGUCCUUCCGCUAAUCCAUGAAAGGUAGCUACGACAAAGCUAAGAAAACACAGCGCGAUGUAUUGCGUAAUGGCAAUAGACCAGCAGGAGUAAAGAUCGUUUGUCUGCAGUUGUAUAUCAAACACUAGUGAUAUUAGUGUCAAACAUGUGAGGCAUCGUUUGGCAGGUAGUGAUUUUAUUGUUUGAUUAAAAUGAACCACAUGUAUUUUAUUGUAUUUUUUAUCUAUAUUUUGUUUGUUGUUUUUAGUAUUAAGGACUUGCUGGUUGCCUGAAUAUCACUAAAACAAGAUAAAGGAUGGUAGAGAUUUCAUUUUGACCCAUCGGUGGCUGCGGGGUUGCCUUCACUGGUGGAUGAUGGUGUGGUGGUUUGGUCACUCUUAUGUCUUUUUCUUUAGGUCUGCAGUGUGAUUUGCUGUGAGUGGAUUGCAGUGCGAGCACAUUUGUCUAACACAUUAUCUUCACACGAAUAGGUAACCUGUGGCCAUCCGGGGGUCGCUCUGUUUUAUUUUGUUUUAUUUCUUUUGAUUUCUUUGUGGGUAUCUGCAUUGGAGAUUUGCGUUACAUCCUAUUGUCUCUAUUUGUUUGAAUAAAAAUGUUGUUGAGUUAAAACUUCACCACUGCCUUGUGCCUGGUCAUUUACCACCUUUUAUGGGGUACCUGUAGGUUACAAUUGGCGUAGUCGGCAAACAUCUGUUGGCGAAGGUGGUUGUGAAGUUUUGUUAGUUUUUUUUAAAUAAUAAACGGUAAUCGUGCAUGAGGUUGAUCAUCAGACUCUGCAUCAUUGGACUUCACUUCGUGGGACCUCUAUCACUUUUUUUUCCCUGAACUUUGUCAAAUUUGUCAACAGAGAUGGAACAAGAACUAUUAGACUUGCGGGAGCAGAUACGGCAGCUGCAGGCUCAAAAUGAGCAGCUGACGAGAGAGAAUCCCCCCUCCAGUAGCAAUGCUUCUAACCAACGGCCCCCUUCUAUGACUAAUGCUAAUUCUUCAUCUCCAGUGUCUUUGAGUAGGGUAUUUUAUGUUCCACGAGAAAGGAAAUGCCCACGGUUUUAUGGGAAUAUGGACUCCACAUUAAGCGUUGAGGACUGGACUGAAGAGGCCAAGGUGUGUAUUGAGGGCAGGGGUUGGUCUGAUAAAGAGAAGGUUGUGUUUUUGCUUGAUCAUCUGGGGGGGGAAGCUAGAAUGGAGAUAAAACUCCGUCCACAAGCUACUAGGGAAACUCCAGAAUCUGUUUUUGAUAUUUUAAGAGACUUGUAUGGGGGGAAACAGACAUUUGUACAACUACAACAGAGGUUUUUUGAACGAAAACAGAAAGAGGGUGAAUCAUUGACUGAAUUUUCCCAUGCUUUAAUGUCUUUAAUGGACUUGAUUCUUUGUGGUAAUCCAGAAAGUGUUCCGAACUCUGAUAGGGUUCUUCGUGAUCAGUUUAUGGAACAUGUUCGAGAUGUGAUGCUGAAACGUGAAUUAAAACGAUUAGUACGGGAGAAGCCAUCUUCUACUCUACUGGAGGUUCGAAGUGAAGCUCUUAGGUGGGUGGAAGAGGGAAACGGGGAAAUAGCUGCUUCACGUGUUCAGCCAUGGUGCAAUUUGACUCAAGGCCGAGUAGUUGAGCAUGAGCCUAAAGUUAAAUUUCAUGAGUCUACAGAGUUAAAAGAGGUUAAAGAGAUGUUGAGGCAGCAACAGAUACAAAUAACUGAACUUACCCAACGUUUUGAUAGUUUAAUGUCUCAAAAGAAUGAGUUCUCUGUUACCUCAACUAGACAAAAUAGUUCACGACGAUGUCUUCGUUGUAAUAAGGUUGGGCAUAUAGCUAGACAUUGUCGACAACCUUGGCCUAUAGAGUCGAACCCUAGAACACCCCAAGUAAAUGUAAAUGAAACUUCAGUGGAGGAGCAUGAUAGUGUGGCAUCCCCUACAGUUCUGAGUCAAACUGUUAAUAAUAGUGAAGUUUCACAGUCACCCGUCUGCCCUACUAUUUUACAACGUCUUGUGGGCAAAUGUCCCAUUGUAACUGUGCUUAUGGGUGGGGUUGAGAUUUCUUGUUUAUUAGAUACAGGGUCAAUGGUUACUACUGUAACAGAGUCAUUUUUUGAGAAGCAUUUUCAACAAUUGGGAGUAGAUGUACUGAAAAAAUGUAGUUGGCUCCAAUUAAAAGCAGCUAAUGGUCUUGAAAUACCAUAUGUGGGAUACUUGGAAGUGGACGUGACCGUAUUGGGGCAAACUCUUCCUAGACAAGGUAUUUUGGUUGUGAAAGAUCCUGUUGAUGCUGGGUUUCAUCAGCGGAAAGAGCUGACCCCAGGUCUUUUAGGUAUGAAUGUGAUUGGUCAAUGUUAUAAUGAUCUAUUUGAAAAACAUGGCACAGCACUAUUCUCAGUCCCACAGGUCAGGCAGGCAGAGAUAGGCUGGAAAGAUGCCUUGUCUCAGUGUCAGCGAGCAGAUGAUGCCCCUUUUCCUGGAUUUAUUGGUUACGUGAGAGUGCAGUCCCUCCAUCCGGUUCAGAUUCCAGCUGGGACCAUGAGUAUUAAGGACUUGCUGGUUGCCUGAAUAUCACUAAAACAAGAUAAAGGAUGGUAGAGAUUUCAUUUUGACCCAUCGGUGGCUGCGGGGUUGCCUUCACUGGUGGAUGAUGGUGUGGUGGUUUGGUCACUCUUAUGUCUUUUUCUUUAGGUCUGCAGUGUGAUUUGCUGUGAGUGGAUUGCAGUGCGAGCACAUUUGUCUAACACAUUAUCUUCACACGAAUAGGUAACCUGUGGCCAUCCGGGGGUCGCUCUGUUUUAUUUUGUUUUAUUUCUUUUGAUUUCUUUGUGGGUAUCUGCAUUGGAGAUUUGCGUUACAUCCUAUUGUCUCUAUUUGUUUGAAUAAAAAUGUUGUUGAGUUAAAACUUCA